AUGCAUUUCACUCUUAAAGAAGAAAAUUAUGUGAUUAUCGAGAAUGGUUCGUGGAGAACAAAAGCGGGAAUUGGUGUUAGCGAUACCAACCAGAGUCCAUCAGUGGUAAUUCUUACAGAAGUUGCCAAGCAGGCUGAGAGUGACUUUGAUAAACAAAAUGAAAAUUUGGGUCAACAGGAGAUCUCUUCUAUUUCUGAUGAUUCCGGUCCGAAUUCGCCUGAUAAAGUAACUGUAAGAGAACCAACUUAUAUAUGUGGAUCUCAAUUAAAGGAACUUAAAGAAAGCAACAACAAUACCGUAUCGACAUUUCCGAUACAACGUGGAGUGAUAGUUAAUUGGGAAGGAUUAGAAGCUUUAUGGCGUCACAUUAUCUUGAAGGAAUUAAAUAUCAAAAGAGCUCGUAAUGAAUGUCCUGUGCUUGUUACAGUUCCUAAUAGUUGGACAAAAGAACAUUUUGAACGAAUAGCUCAUAUUUUUUUUGAAACUUUUAAUGCACCUGGACUCUAUAUUGCUAAUCAAUCCCUGAUGACCCUAUAUGGCAUCGGUUGUCUUAGUGGACUUGUAAUUGAUGUUGGAUAUGGUAAAACUGAAAUUACACCAAUAAUUGAUUGCUCCGUCCAAUAUCACGCAGCUAUAACGAUACCAAUCGCUGGCCAAGAUUUUGAUGAAUAUUUUCUUUCAUUGCUGUUAUCUGAUUCCCAAUUCUUAAUGGAAUAUGGUGAAACACCAGAUAUUGAAGUCGCAAGAAUACUCAAAGAGUCUUAUAAUACUUGUGAGGUUCUUCCAGAUAUUGAUUUCAUAGAAGAUAGGCCAGAUAGAAUAGAAGUUGAAUGCAACGGAAGGAAGGUUACAAUUGGCCCUGAACGUUUUCAAGUUGUUGAACCCAUUUUUAACCCUCUUUUAACGAAAAAAGAGGGGAUUCUCUCUUUACCUGCGGCGAUUUAUCAGGCAAUAUCUCAUUGUGAGCCAGACAAACGAAAUAUAUUAUGGGAGAAUAUUGCUUUUACUGGUGGAUCAUCUUUAUUGAAAGGCUUCAAAGAUCGUCUUGAAAAAGAGUUAAAUGUAUAUCUUUAUUCUUCGAACAAUGCUGGCGAAUACCAAAUUAAAGAAGCAAAAUUUUUAAAACUACCAGAAUAUUUUUCAACUCUCAAAGAAAAACCCGAGUUAGCUGGAUAUUUAGGUGCUGCCAUUACAGCUAAAUUUUCUUUUCCUGAUCCUAAAGGUUUUAUUAAUAAAGUCGAUUACAAUGAGCAUGGGCCAAGUGUG